AUGGCUACCGACAGCAGCAUCACAUCGGCGUUCAACGCCGCUGCUAAGGGAAAGCCCUCAUUCCCUGCAGAUCAGCUGGCCACAGCGGCUCGAGCAGCAGGAGCAUCUCCUUCCCUGGCUGAGUUGAAGGCAUUUGCGAGUAAAUGCGGGGCUGAGGUGAACUCGGGGAUGUUCGCAGACUUCUGUCGCAAGACUUCGCAUGUGGACUCAGCGGAUGAUCUGUUGAGUUUAUUUCAGUCGAUGGAUCUAAUGGGUACAGGAAAAGUAAGGAAAACUGAUGUCAAGAAAUGUCUCAUGAACUUCGGCGAGGCCCUGUCGGUUCAAGAGGCUGACGCCGUCUUAGACGAUAUAUUUCCGAAUCAGGAAGAUAUUGAUUAUCAAAUACUUGUACAGAAGUUACUACAGUAA